UUCGUCGCUUAAGUUGUAAUUUAGGUGCAUGUUGUUAGUUCUACUACUUUCGUGGAUUCAUGCCAUCGAUUAAGAACUCUAAAUUUGAUAAUUGCAAAAAAUUAAAUGUUCCCAAUGUAAACAUUGUAUCUUGAAACUGACUGUUCUUAGCUAAAUGGCACUGCGUUGGACUCGCACAUGAGGUGAUUAUCAGCAACAUUUCUGGCGUAUACUGCCUUAUUUAUAAACCAUUUGUAAUAUCCGGUGUAUAAUUUCUAAUGCUGAUUAACCAUUCAAUAGUCCUGAGUACUUUUCCUUUUUUUGCGUGCAAAAUCGUAUACUAGUAUGCCACUCCGUGCAAACCUGUCAUUUUACACUGAAAGUUCACUAGGUUUGUACAUUUUGUGUCCUGAAAGUGUGCCAGGAUUUUAGUCCACAUACCAAUGUACUGGUUUAGAACCUCAUUCCAACAUGCCAAAGCUCCGUUCUAUAUUACGUUUAAUUUCACGUGACAUUUAGCCACAUCUUAUCAGAGUAUGCGUCACCGUGAACGCAGAAUGAGCGUAUAAAUUGUCACCAAAGGAAUCUUCUAUUCACACGCGUUUUGAAUCGGAUAGGGCGAUGGGAGCAUAUAAACAGUGCACCUUUAUACUCACAUUGUCACUAUCGGUGGCAGUGUCUGGGUCUGUUUUCGACGUGGCCACAAUAACCGAGAUUGAACAGCUCGUCACGAAGGCGCUCGAAUGCCGUCACGUGGCCGGAAUGACGUUGAGCGUUUUCAAAGGAGGCGAUGUGUGGUCUCGCGGUUUCGGCAGCGCGGAUAUCUCGGCUGGUACUCCGGUGGACAACUCCACUCUGUUCAACAUUGGCUCCGUAACCAAGUCCUUCACCAUGGUGCUGCUCGGUAUUCUACUCACCGAGAAAAAACUGGACUGGACGGCCAAGGUGAUGGACAUUCUGGGUCCCGAGUACGGUUUCGUGGACGAGUAUCGAACACGGGAGAGCACACUGAAGGACCUUCUCUCGCACCGCACUGGAUUAGAUAGCCUUGGUCUGGGCUUUUUGGCGGGCUUUUCGAAUGUUACCAGAGAGCAAUUAUGCAAAAAUAUGAAGUUUGUGCCAGAACGCAUGCCGUUUAGAGAUACCUUCAUCUACAGCAACUUUAUGUAUAUGUUGCUCGGUCACGUGGCAGAGAAACUAGGCGGAGACACGUGGGAAAAUCUCGUGACGUCACGAGUCCUUCAACCAAUUGGAAUGACGUCAUCAAAACUGAUGUUGAAGCCUGCGGAUGCUUACCAGAUGAAGACUGCAAGGCCAUAUAUUUAUAAAGACGGGAUGUUUCAAAACGGGACUAAGGAAAUUUACGACUUUCACCCUAUGGAGCCAGCAGGCGCCAUUUUGUCAAACGGUGUCGAUAUGGCCAAGUACAUCCGGUUCAUCAUUAACAUGGGAAAGACUGACAAAGGAGAACAACUACUGGACCCGGAGCUUUUAAAACGAUCUUUAUUUGCUGUGAUCCCUGUCGACGGAGAAGUCAAUCAGAAUCUCAAGCGCCCAGAAUUCCCCGUGAGUGACAUUGAUCUGGGUUACGGUCAAGGCUGGAUCGAGUCUGUCUACAGGGGUUAUCACCUAAUACGGCAUAGCGGGGGAGUGUUUUCCUACAUCACUGAUUUGUGGAUUUUCCCCGAACACAAUUUUGGACUCUUCGCCAGCACGAACGGUCCAGCGCUCGAUUCACAAUUUCUGGCCAUUAGCGCAACGUUUGACCACGUGACCGAUCGUUUGCUGGGACUGGAGCCGUGGAUAAACACCACUACGGCGUGUACAUUUCCCGAACCAUGGCGUACCGCUAACGAUUCGGCUAUUCCUCCAGUUGAGAACGCGGCGGUGUUAACGAAUGCCAAGAAAUACGAAGGGUUUUACAGCAGUCUGAUUUUGUCUGGUAUUCGUAUUGAAUUAGACGGCACCAGUAACACGAGUUUGCGGUUCAAGAUGGGAAAACUCGGAGGAAUUCUGUACUCAACUCUUGACAAGGACCGAUUUCUGAUGGAGAUCAGGACACCAUGGGAAUUCUACGUAUCUUCAAUGGAUAAAAACAACGUCACGGCGAAGACAAACGUUACAUUCAUAUGGGAUGGGGACCACGUUAACACGUUACAAACGCACUCUCCAGUUCCGCUUAAUUUUACAAGGCGAACACAUGCUGGUGGGGAAGCUGCCAAUGCAUGUGACCCGCGUUCGCAUCCAGGUUGCAUUUCCAUUGUCGGAUAAUCCUUGCAACGCCACAAGAUUUAUUGUUCAAGUGAUGAUAUGUCUUUUUAAUAAAGAGCUUUAGUGCA